CUCUCUCUCUCUCUGUGAAUUUCUUUCUCUCCUUUUCUCCAAGAACCAGAAAAACAACUGAAAGUUCUGAAUGUUAAAAUUUUUAUGUAUUGGGCCACCGGCGCCGGAAAAUGUCGUUCUCGGAUUCGGAAACCUCCUCCCACGAGUACAAAACUUUCCGCCAAAUCAGCCGCGAUCGGUUAUUGUACGAAAUGCUCCAAGAUUCCAAAUCAGCAGAUUCAAAAUCAUCGUGGAAGGUACUUAUCAUGGACAAAGUUACUGUAAAAGUGAUGUCCCACUCAUGCAAAAUGGCAGAUAUCACCGACCAAGGAAUUUCAUUGGUGGAAGACCUUUUUAGAAGAAGAGAGCCUUUGCCUUCAAUGGAUGCCGUAUAUUUCAUUCAACCAUCCAAAGAAAACAUUGUCAUGUUGUUGUCUGACAUGUCAGGAAGAGAACCUUUGUAUAAGAAAGCAUAUAUAUACUUCAGUUCGCAUGUACCAAAAGACCUUCUAACUCGCAUCAAGAAUGAUGCUAGUGUUGUACCACGUAUUGGUGCAUUAAGAGAGAUGAAUUUGGAGUACUUCUCUAUAGACAGUCAGGCCUUCAUCACUGAUCAUGAAAGAGCACUUGAAGAACUUUUCGGUGAUAAUGCUGCAGAUUCUCGCAAAUUUGAUGCCUGUUUAAAUGUAAUGGCCUCGAGAAUUGCUACGGUUUUUGCUUCAUUGAAGGAAUUUCCCUAUGUGCGGUAUAAAGCUGCCAAAGGACUUGAUAGUGCCUCAGAUAACAACUCUCGUGCCUUGGUUCCGGCAAAGCUAGCUGCAGCAAUUUGGAACCACAUUACAACUUAUAAAUCUUCCAUUCCCAACUUCCCACAAACAGAAACAUGUGAAUUCCUUAUAGUAGACAGAUCAGUUGAUCAGAUUGCUCCCGUCAUUCAUGAAUGGACGUAUGACGCAAUGUGUCAUGAUCUGCUUGAGCUCGAAGGGAAUAAAUAUAUACAUGAGGUUCCUAGCAAAACAGGUGGUGACCCUGAAAAAAAGGAAGUCCUUCUGGAAGAUCAUGAUCCUGUCUGGCUUGAGCUCCGGCAUGCUCACAUAGCAGAGGCUAGUGAACGGUUGCACGAGAAGAUGACAAAUUUUACUUCCAAGAAUAAAGCAGCACAAUUACAACAGAGAGAUGCUAAUGAGUUAUCCACAAGAGACCUGCAGAAAAUGGUUCAAGCUUUGCCACAAUAUAAUGAACAGAUGGAGAAACUCUCUAUCCAUGUUCAGAUUGCUGGGAAACUUAAUAAAAUUAUCAGAGAUGUGGGUCUUCGACAACUUGGACAACUGGAGCAGGACCUUGUAUUUGGUGAUGCAGGAACAAAGGAAGUCAUCCAUUUUCUGAGAUCCAAUCAAAAUGCGCCGUGCGAGAAUAAAUUGCGGCUUUUGAUGAUUUAUGGUUGUGUCUAUCCAGAAAAGUUUGAGGGUGACAAAGCAGUAAAACUUAUGCAGUUGGCAAAAUUAUCACGUGCAGACAUGAAAACAGUGAAAAAUAUGAAAUUGCUUGAGGCAUCAUCAGACUCUAGAAAGAGUUCAAAUGGGGGAUUCUCACUCAAGUUUGAUUCAGCGAAGACGAAGCAUGCAGAAAGACAGGAUCGAACUGGAGAGGAAGAGACGUGGGCACUAUUUCGGUUUUAUCCCAAGAUUGAGGAGUUAAUUGAGAAGUUGAAUAAAAGAGAAUUGCCCAAAGAUGAGUACCAAUGCAUGAACACUAGUCCAACUCCUUCCAAUCGUGCCACUACCCACGGGAGUUCUGGAGCGCCACAGCCUCCAUCAGGUAAAACAGGUCAGCCACAUUCUAUGAGAUCAAGACGAACUGCAACAUGGGCACGAACGCGCAACUCUGAUGAUGGAACUUCAAGUGACUCAGUCUUGAAAUGCAUAUCUACUGACUUUAGGAAGAUGGGACAGCGCAUUUUUAUAUUCAUAAUAGGUGGGGCAACCAGAUCUGAGCUUAGGGUUUGCCAUAAACUUACAGCAAAGUUAAGAAGGGAAGUGGUCCUUGGCACAACUAGUAUUGAUGAUCCACCUCAAUAUAUUACGAAACUGAAGCUCUUGUCAGAAAAGGAGCUCUCAAUGGAAGACAUUAAUGUUUGAACAGUCCAAGUUUUGUACAGAUACAGUUUGGCCAAACAGCCAUGCAAUUGGUGCAUGAAGGAGCCAAACGUUGGAACAACCCUGAAUCGUCCUGCUCAAUUAUACUACAUGCAGAUGGGAGUAAACUCGGAUGACGCCUUAAAAUAUGAAGCUUUGAUUAUCUCCAUUAAUUUUGUUUGUACUCAGCCUUGAUCAUUUAUCUUUUAUUAGUAGUGAUUUUUGAAGCUUUAGUGUUUGAAGUAUAUUGUCUGUUACUUUAGAAAGUACAUUGCAAGCAAUGAGAAAAGUAUAGUUGCUGCUUCCAGUUGGGCACAUCAUUUUUA